GGCGGGCCCGGCGCGUUUCCCGCCUCCGGCGCGGCGCGCGCGGGCCGUUACCGGCGCCCCGCAGCCCUUCCCGGGAGGCGAUGAGGAGGAGCCUAGCCCCCAGCCAGCUGGCCAAGAGGAAAGCGGGCGACGAGGAGGAGGAGGAGGAGUGGCAGCCCGCGGCGUCUCGGAAGAGGCAGAAGCCCAUCAGUGAGACGGAGAGUGGGGAAUGUUACCGGUCUCCUUUCCGGAAACCUUUGGCUCAGCUGACCAAUAGACCUCAGUGCCUGGACAGCAGUCAACAUGAGGCUUUUAUCCGCAGCAUUUUGUCCAAACCCUUCAAAGUCCCCAUUCCAAAUUACAAAGGGCCACUGGGCUUACGUGCACUGGGUAUCAAACGGGCAGGGCUGAGGAGUCCUCUGCAUGACCCUUUUGAGGAAGGAGCUCUGGUUCUGUAUGAGCCCCCACUGCUGAGUGCCCAUGACCAGCUGAAAAUAGACAAGGACAAAGCACCUGUUCAUGUUGUGGUGGAUCCCGUCCUCAGCCGUGUUUUACGGCCCCAUCAGAGAGAGGGAGUGAAAUUCCUGUGGGACUGUGUGACGAGCCGGCGGAUCCCUGGGAGUCACGGCUGUAUCAUGGCAGACGAAAUGGGGCUGGGCAAAACCCUGCAGUGCAUCACACUCAUGUGGACCCUCCUCCGACAGAGUCCGGACUGCAAGCCUGAGAUCGAGAAAGCCAUGGUGGUAUCUCCCUCCAGCCUGGUGAGAAACUGGUACAAUGAAGUAGAGAAAUGGCUAGGGGGAAGGAUCCAACCACUGGCCAUCGAUGGAGGCUCCAAAGAAGAGAUUGAUCGUAAACUAGUUGGCUUUAUGAACCAGCGUGGCCUGCGAGUGCCUUCACCCAUCCUGAUCAUCUCCUACGAGACCUUUCGGCUCCAUGCCGAGGCUUUACAGAAGGGCAGCGUUGGGCUGGUCAUAUGUGAUGAGGGCCAUAGACUGAAGAACUCUGAAAACCAAACAUACCAGGCUCUCAACAGCUUAAAUACACCUCGAAGAGUCCUUAUCUCAGGCACUCCCAUUCAGAAUGACCUGCUGGAAUAUUUCAGCCUGGUGCACUUUGUCAAUUCAGGCAUCCUAGGGACUGCACAGGAAUUCAAAAGACAUUUUGAAAUUCCCAUCUUGAAAGGCAGAGAUGCGGAUGCAAGCGAAGCUGAGCGGCACAAAGGAGAAGAGAGGCUUAAAGAGCUGAUCAGCAUUGUGAACAGGUGUUUAAUCCGAAGAACUUCAGACAUCCUGUCCAAAUACCUGCCAGUGAAGAUCGAGCAGGUGGUCUGCUGCAGACUGACACCUCUGCAGACUGAGCUGUACAAGAACUUCCUGAAGCAAGCCAAGCCUGUGGAGGAGCUGAAGGAGGGCAAAAUCAAUGUGUCAUCUCUCUCUUCCAUCACUUCUCUGAAGAAGCUCUGCAAUCAUCCUGCUCUUAUCUAUGAUAAGUGUGUGGAAGAGGAAGAAGGUUUUAUGGGAGCCCUGGACUUGUUCCCUGCUGGCUACAGCACCAAAUCUGUGGAGCCCCAGCUUUCAGGAAAGAUGCUGGUUUUGGACUACAUCCUUGCUGUUACCAAGAGCACCAGUAACGACAAGGUGGUUUUAGUGUCUAACUACACUCAGACACUGGACCUGUUUGAAAAGCUCUGCAGGAACAGAAGGUAUUUAUAUGUCCGUCUGGAUGGCACCAUGUCCAUUAAGAAGAGAGCCAAGGUCGUGGAGCGAUUCAACAGCCCCUCGAGCCCCGAGUUCAUCUUCAUGUUAAGCAGCAAGGCGGGAGGCUGCGGUUUGAAUCUGAUCGGUGCCAACAGGCUGGUGAUGUUUGACCCCGACUGGAACCCGGCCAACGACGAGCAGGCCAUGGCUCGCGUGUGGCGGGACGGCCAGAAGAAGACGUGCUACAUCUAUCGACUGCUGUCGACAGGGACUAUAGAGGAGAAGAUAUUCCAACGCCAGACCCACAAGAAGGCCCUGAGCAGCUGUGUGGUGGAUGAAGAGCAGGAUGUCGAAAGGCACUUCUCACUUGGGGAGCUGAAGGAACUCUUCACGUUGAAUGAGACCACCACCAGUGACACCCAUGACAAGCUGCGGUGUCGGCGCUGCGUGAACGGGCACCAGGUGCGGCCGCCCGCCGGCGGCUCCGACUGCACGUCCGACCUCUCGCAGUGGCAGCACUGUGCCGACAAGCGGGGGCUGCAGGACGCCGUGCUGAAGGCUGCCUGGGACGCUGCCGUCACCUUCGCCUUCCACCAGCACUCCCACGAGGAGCAGCGAGGCAUUCCCUAACAGGUGACAGGCCGCUGGGGUGGAGGGCAGGCCACUGUCCCCUCGCUUGAGCCCUUUUCAGGGGUACGUGCCGGACCGUGUGGCUGCGCAGCAGCGGAACAGCUGCGUGCCCAGAGGCUGGAAGGGGCUUGGCGUGGGUCAGUGUUGCUACAGCAAGGGCUCUGUGGCUUUGUCUCUGCUGUUGAGGUGUGUGCCUGAAAAACAGCCCUUUGGGAACUGGGAAGAACUGGAGCUCACGUGCUUGACAGGACUCAGUAGGAGCUGGUGUGCUGCUGAUGUUUGUGCCUUCUACUCAGCCAGCUUUUGUCUUCAGGUUUAAGCCAAGCCUGUGUUUUUUUAGCAAUUUAAUAGCACUUGGUGCACACGGUCCUGUUCUUUCCCUCGAUAGCUAUGGUGUAUAGCUGCUGAUCAGAAACCUGCACAAUCCAUUUCUGUUGUGAAAGGUGAAGCUUGCAGGUUAGUGAGGAGCAAGAGGAAAAAUCAUGCAGCUUGAAUGUUAAACAUCAGGCCUGAAAGAUCAGGCAGGGAGUAGGAAAUGAUGCUCUAUUAAGGUAACUCCAUUUCUCAGACCACUUGCUUUGUCGUGGGCGGGAUCCCCUGAUGUAGCAGUGUUUUAAUGAGACCAGGGUAUAAGCCAGUAUUAAAACUCACUUUUGUACAUGACAAGUCUUAAGGAUACUUUAUUAUAAAAAUGUUCUAAAAGAACAAACUAUUCCAAACCUCUGCAAAAUGACUACAGCCACUUAAGAGGGGCAACAGGAUUGCAAAUCAACAGGUGGCUACACGGUGCACAGAAAGCUGCUGGGUUUUUGUAUAAAGGUCAAAGCUGGGAGCUCUUCACUGCUUCUCUACUCCCUGGAGGUGAGGGGAGCAGUUCUUACUU